UGUUGCAUCAAUUCAAACAGCUUUUAGUUUACAUAUAGCGUGUCGGCGUGUUGUGAGUGAACAUUAAACCUCCGACAUGGGUUUUUUAGUGGAAGUUGAAAUUAUAUUGUAAAAUUAUGGAUCCUUUUACAUUGAUGAGGCUUCAGGGAGGCUGUGAAGAUUGAAGUAUGGAGAAACCACAUGGGGUCAGUUUUGAAGAUGGCUCCCCUGACACCAAAUGGGAGAAAGGAACAACAAGUGGAAGGGAAUUGUCCUCAUGUGGUUCGGCUUCAGGUCCCACAUCCUCAACAAACACAAGUGUGGGAGGCAGAAUAGAAGAGAAGAUGGAAGUUGAUGACCCUCUUCUCUUACCCUCCUUAGCUUCUCUGCCUUCUAGCUCCUCUAUAACAAUCACCAAAGCUUCAGUAGCUCAGCAGCGACCUUCUCAAUCUCCAUCCUCAUCAUCCACACCAUGCUCCACAACUGCACAUGUUCCCAGUUCACAUCCCUCUGUAUCCAGAACUCUACCAUCAACUUCAUCUUGUGACCCCAUUUCUUCAGCCAAUAGAGCAGUUCUAGGUCCUGAUAUGAUGCCCACUAUCCCACUUGUGCCAGUCCAGGUCCCAUGUGGCCGUGGUAGCAUAGUUUCUCUCCCAAAAAUCCGUGGUCGUCCCAAGGGAAUGCCUCUCAGCCCAUCAAGAGGUGGUAACAUUCAUAUAAGAAGAGGAAUGAAAAUAAGAAGAAUUGGUUUACGUGGGCGUGGAGGGCGGCGACUAAGCCACAGUAUGUCUCUUGAAGAGAGAGGAGGUCUCAUUGGAGAGGAUUCUCCUCUUCCUCUUGAUGAUGAUGCAUAUGUGCAGGAUGAUAUGUUAAUGGCAUCCACAUACCAAGACCGAUGGGAUCAGCUGCACGGCCUGGACAGUUUGGUCCGGAACAAGGCUCCUUCAAAGCCAGGACGAGUUUGUAGUUUGUGCUGCCUUGGGGAGCAGAGUCAGCUUGGCCAGGGUGAUUUGGUGAGGCAUGAUCCCACACCUGGCUAUAUACUUCCAGAGAAAAUAGCAUCACCUUCAGAAAGCAGCUUACAAGAAUCUCUUCUUUCUAAAAAGCUGAAAGCUACUCAGGUUUCACUGAAAGACAAAGGGAAAUCACCAAGAAAACAAGUAGGAGGAAUUUUACCUGAACCUGUAGAUGAAAUAUCUCUUGUUGGACACACAGAACUUCCCAGUAUAUCAUUGUUAUUUGAGCCAACUGGUCACUGCUAUGCACACUACAUGUGUGCAUUAUGGUCAUCAAGUGUUGAGCUCACAAAUGAUGACACAAUUACUCAUGUGGAUCGAGCAGUUGUUGCUGGGGCAAGUCAGAGAUGUGUCCAGUGUAAAAAGUUUGGUGCCACUCUGCUAUGCAAGGCAACAGGUUGUCAGUUGCAGUACCACUUCCCUUGUGCAAUGAGUGCAGGAGCAUUGAUGGAUUUGAAAAGUGUAGCUCUUGUAUGUCCAGCUCAUACAGACAAGAGCAGAGAUAUAGUUGAUGUAGCUUGUGUGGUGUGUGAAAACUUAUCUCCAGAGAGUUCCCUCCUGUUUUGCUGCUCUUGUGGGAAUCACUAUCAUGGGCUGUGUCUCAAACCAGUAAUCAGUCCUACGCCCAUUAUGCGUGCAGGGUGGCAAUGCCCUGACUGUAAAACAUGUCAGAUGUGCCGGCAACCAAGUGAGGAGAUGGUAUGUGGAGUAUGUGACAAGGCCUACCAUGUGAUGUGUGCUCGACCGUUUGGCCUCUCCCUCUGCAGAACUGGGUGGAAAUGCAAGACUUGCAGAGUGUGUGGUGACUGUGGGUCUCGAACUCCUGGCAAUGGUCUCUCUUCGCGCUGGCAUUCCAACUUCACUGUGUGUGACUCCUGCUAUCAGCUCCGUAAUAAAGGCUUUGCAUGUCCAAUUUGUCACAAGGCAUAUCGAGCAAUAGCCCAGAAAAGUAUGGCCAUGUGUACAAAGUGUCAGAGGCAUGUUCACAGUAUGUGUGAUGCUGAUGCAGAUCUUAGUAUUAUCCAAGCAAAAUGGAAUGCUGAUCAUUCUUAUGAAUAUGUGUGCACCAGCUGCAGCAAUAUAAUUCCAUCUCCAAACCAGUCACCACGAACAACUUUGGAAGAUAGCUGUGAUGGUCCACAAGAUUCAUCAAUCAACUCAGAUGAUUCUAAUGACACCGAUCUCACAUCAGAGGGCAAAUCUGAAGAUCUCCCUACAGUAAAACCACAAAGCAGCUUUCUUUCUAAAGGAAAGCCCCUAAGCCUAGCCAAAAGGGGAUUUCCUUCUAAACUGCGUGGUGGUGCUGGGGAAAAAUACAGUGUUGGGAAGAAAACUUUCUCAGGCUCCAAGAAACGAGGCCAGACAAUACCUGUCCGCAGAGGUCGUGGCAAUGGACGUGGCUACCGAGGAUAUUUCAACUAUCAAAAUGUAACUCUUCAGGCAAUGGAGACUCACCAAAGUGCAGGAAAAGAGGAGGGUGAGGAAAACAAGUUGAUUCUUGUGUCAGCCAAGGAUGAGUUUUGUCUUCAGCAAGAUGUUUGUGCCAUGUGUGGAGCAUUUGGGCAAGAUCAAGAAGGGCGUCUCAUUGCUUGUGCACAGUGUGGCCAGUGUUACCAUCCAUUCUGUGCUAAUGUUAAGGUGACCAAAGUGGUGCUUCAGAAAGGGUGGCGAUGCUUGGACUGUACUGUUUGUGAAGGCUGUGGUGAAAGGAAUGAUGAGGCCAGACUUGUCUUGUGUGAAGAUUGUGACAUAUCUUACCACAUUUACUGCAUGAACCCUCCUUUAGACCAUGUUCCAUCAGGAGUUUGGCGCUGUAAAUGGUGUGCCAUAUGUAUUCAUUGUGGAGCAACAGAUCCUGGCACAAACUCUACAUGGCAGCAGAAUUACAGCAUGUGUGGUCCCUGUAUGUCCAUGACCCAGUGCCCAGUUUGUGAUGAGCCAUACUCUGAUGGAGAACUCAUUCUUCAGUGUUCAAAUUGUGAGCGCUGGUUGCAUGCAUCAGAUGACAUGAUCCAUACUGAAGAGGAAGCUGAAAGGUGUGCUUCCAAAGGAUAUUUGUGUCUCAUAUGCCGACCUCAGGAUGCCCAACCUCCUCACUUACUCCCUCACACACCACCUAUACGCUCAGCCCGCAUCAUCACUACUACAGUUGUCACUACCACAUCAACAAGCCCCGUGCGAUCACAGAGCCCUACUGAUAUAAUGACAAAGGUUACCUCAAAAGCUCAGUUUUGGAUGGAUGGCAUUUGUCUUUCUGAAUGUGGGAUGUCUCAAAUCAAGAAUAUGACUCUUGAACCACAAAAAAAGACAAGCAUCACACACAACAGGAAUCCUAAAACAGUGCGAACCAGUCGUGGACCAUCAAUAGAUAGUACUGGAAGUCGCGACAUUGAUGAGGAUGAUGAUGAAGAUGAUGAAAAUAAGUUGGACACUGAAGAGCCAAGACACUGGGUAUAUGGAAUGAAAGAGGGGACCAUUCUUCCAGCCAAGGAGGAUGGCACACCACCUGAUUUACCUGAAGGAUUUUAUACAUUACCAGGCCUUGAACCAGGAACUUAUACUUUACGCAAACGCAGAUACCGCAACAUCAAGACCCUUGGCAUUGGAGGUUUUCAAGUGCGAGCUCGAGGUAAAAAAGAUGAAGAGAAGGCCAGGGAGGAAGCACUUCUGGAUCCUCAGGUUUUGGAGCUAAGAAGAAAGAGAAGUAAUUGGAGGACCAAAAAAAAGAUCAAGCUCUUGGAGAAGUUUCCAUCUUACAUACAGAGCACAGCAUAAAUGGUGCCAUGCUCUUCCUUGAUGUCCUCAUGAAACAGCAGCAAGAAUCCUUUAAUACAGAAGUAUACACCAAGCCCACUAAUCCUUGACACUGCCUUAAUGGAAGGAGCGAAUGUCCUGACAGAUACAACGACUCUACCAUUGGUACGUACAUCAGCAGGGCACUCAUACACUGCAGCACUUGGCAGAUGUAAUAUCACAUUUCUGCCAUCCUUGAAUCAGUCUCAUCUAUUCCCUCUACUUCCCAAGAGCAUGAUUCAUCAAGCUUCCACAUAAUAACAUCAUUAUUAGCAAAAAAGAAAAGAAAAAGAAAAAAAAGGAGGAGGAGGAGGAAGACCAGACACUGGAAAUUAAAUGUUUAUAACAAGUCAAUGGAGAGUGGCAAUAGUUCAAAAGCACCCAAAUGUUUGGUCAUACUCAGUGUUCUUUCAUUAUCUAAAUACUACACAGGGUUGCAAACAUUAUUAUGCAAGCCCCAAUAACAACAUCAAAUGGCUCUUUUACAAUGCCUUUUUUCCCCUUUUCUCCAUAUUUCAGAAAUAUUUGAGUGUGACCACUCAAUCA